UUGUAUUUCUAUUCAUUAAAAAAAAAUGUGGCUAAGAUAAGCAAAAUAAGUUAGUAACCAUACAUUAACAAGUGUAGGGGCGGACCUAGGGGAGUGCAAUUGUAAAACUUAUGAAGAAAAAUCCCCUCAAAAUUGUGUUAUUAUUAUAUAAAGAUGAUAUUUUGUUGUUAAUUCAUGAAUACAUGUGAUUUUGUCCCCCGCAUUAAGAAUUCUUCAUCUGCCACUGAACAAGUGGGCCUUGAAACCUACAUUAACUACACGGGCAAAAGUUCUUUGUUUUUCUUCUCGUUUCUUUUCUAUUGCUAUUUCUUUGCUGCCAUUGUAGGCAUGAGCAUGAGAUCGUUCGCUUUUGCAAGCUUGAUUUGCAGAAUAGUAUUCUUAUAGCUGCGGCAUUGUACAAGACAACCUUUGAACAUUGCCAGUUUCCAUUAACCCUUGUUUCUUUCCUGUUGCUUUCACAGGUUGUGUGCGUGUGUGGAGAGAGAGAGAGAGAGAGAGAGAGAGAGAUGCAUUCCUUAUGGGUAUUCUGGAAGGAGAGAGCCAACUGUAUGAGUAAGCCAAUUGGUGUCCGCCAGCCAGAAAAGCUCAGCAAGGAGAGAAGAUGCAUCUUUGAAAAGGAGAAGUCAGAUGGCAAAAUUGUUCAUCCAAUGGAAGGAGAACGAGAGUACGAGGCGAUUUUCAGGCAGAAGCAUCCUCAAAAUUCAUAUCAAGAGCUAGACACUUCAGACCCAUCAAGGAAAAUUAUUGAGAUGAUUUUCCAAGGGGCAUCGACAUACCCCUCAAAGCAAUACAGAAAAACAAAGAAAGUCCUCCGGGUGAACAAUUCAGCAGAGAUGGUGGAAAGGUUCGAAAGGUAUAGAGAAAUGGUGAAGAAGAGAGCCUGGGAGCAACACAAGAUGCAUCUGAGAAGCACGGUGGAUGGGAAUGAGUUGUUACAGUUCUAUGGCACUACUAUGAACUGUUUCAGUGGGAAGAAGCCAAGUAUGGUACCUGAGGCUUGUUGUAAGGAUCUCACUUGUCGCGUCUGCAGGAUCAUUCAAUCUGGUUUCAACACGGCUUAUACAAGGAAAAAUGGAAUUCAGUUCAGCACAAGCAGAGAGGAACUAAGUGAGGACAUGAUCAAGAUCAUAAAAGGGAGGAAUGUGAAGAGGGCUGUUAUCGUUUGCCGGACAAUAGCUGGGACAGUAGCUAAUGUGGUUGAUGAGAGAAGUCAUCAUGAAGAAUAUGACUCAAUCAAAGUUCAAGGAGUGCAGUUUAAGUCAGACCACUUGAUUGUACAAAACCCUAGUGCUGUGCUUCCCUGCUUUGUUGUAAUUUUCAACUGAAUUGCAUCCAUACUUCUGUUUUGAUGCA